AUGCGUCGCAGUGAAUCGAUCGAGUUCGGAUACGUUCAAACAACGCAAAAUAUUAAUGUUUUGCUUGUUAACGAAGAAAAUAAUGCACUGGCUGAAAAAUCAUUUGAAGUAGCAAAAGAGUAUGUAAGGCGAAAUCCUAGCUUAGGUCUCGCAGUUGACCCGGUGAUUGUUGUCGGCAACCGUACGGACGCUAAAGCGUUCCUAGAAAAUGUUUGCAGAAAGUACAACGACAUGAUAACAGCUAAGAAAAUACCGCACGUUGUAUUAGAUUUUACGAUGACAGGAGUUGGUUCGGAAACGAUAAAGUCGUUUACUGCUGCUUUGGCUUUACCAACUAUUUCUGGAUCUUUCGGCCAAGCUGGCGACCUGCGGCAAUGGCGUAGUCUGAACUCCAACCAAUCUAAAUUCCUCCUACAAGUAAUGCCCCCAGCUGAUAUCCUUCCUGAAUCGAUUAGAGCAAUUGUCACGAAACAGGAUAUAACCAAUGCCGCCAUUAUAUUCGACGAAUUCUUUGUUAUGGAUCAUAAAUAUAAAUCGCUGCUACAAAAUAUUCCUACACGUCACGUUAUAACUCCCGUCAAGAGUUUCAGUAAAGACGAAAUAAAAACACAAUUGCGAAGUCUGCGUGAACUGGACAUAGUUAACUUCUUCAUCGUGGGAAAUUUGAGAACGAUAAAGAAUGUUCUAGAUGCGGCGAAUGAAAAUCAGUAUUUCGGUAGAAAAACCGCGUGGUUUGCUCUCUCGCUAGACAAAGGGGAUAUUAGUUGCGGGUGUAAAGACGCCACCAUUGUGUACAUGAGGCCAACGCCAGACGCUAAAAGCCGGGAUCGUUUAGGCAAAAUAAAAACUACAUACAGUAUGAAUGGGGAGCCCGAAAUCACGUCUGCGUUUUAUUUCGAUCUGUCCUUGCGAACAUUUUUGGCUAUCAAAUCACUUCUGGAUUCUGGCAAGUGGCCAAACGACAUGCAAUAUAUCAAUUGUGAUGAUUAUGAUGGUAAGAAUACUCCUGACAGGGCCUUGGACCUCAAAUCUGCAUUUCAAGAGGUAAAAGAGACGCCAGCUUACGCUCCUUUUUUUAUACCUGAAGAUGACCCGAUGAAUGGGCGAAGUUAUAUGGAAUUUAGUACAGAUUUAACCGCUGUUACGAUAAAAGAUGGUGCAUCUAUUGGCAGUAAGUCCUUGGGAUCUUGGAAAGCUGGUCUCUCUAACCCCCUGUUGCUAACUGAUCCCGACAACAUGAGCGACUACUCAGCACAAUUAGUAUAUAGAAUCGUCACAGUCGAGCAACAACCUUUCGUAAUACGCGAUGACGAAUCACCCAAAGGCUUUAAAGGCUACUGCAUAGAUCUUAUAGAAGAAAUCCGUCAAAUCGUAAAGUUUGAUUACGAGAUAACUUUAUCUCCAGACGGUAAUUUUGGUACCAUGGACGAGAACGGUAACUGGAAUGGGAUAAUAAAGGAAUUGAUCGAGAAAAGGGCUGAUAUCGGUCUCACUUCAUUAUCCGUAAUGGCUGAAAGGGAAAACGUUGUGGAUUUUACUGUACCAUAUUACGAUUUAGUCGGUAUAACGAUACUAAUGAAAUUACCAAGAACCCCGACAUCGUUGUUCAAAUUUCUAACGGUUUUAGAGAAUGAUGUCUGGCUUUCGAUAUUGGCGGCGUAUUUUUUUACGAGCUUUCUCAUGUGGGUGUUUGACAAAUGGAGUCCAUACAGUUAUCAAAAUAACCGAGAAAAGUAUAAAGACGACGAGGAAAAACGAGAGUUUACGUUGAAGGAGUGUCUAUGGUUUUGCAUGACGUCACUCACGCCGCAAGGUGGAGGAGAGGCCCCGAAAAAUCUCUCUGGUCGCCUUUUAGCUGCUACUUGGUGGCUUUUUGGAUUUAUCAUAAUAGCAUCGUACACGGCUAACUUAGCGGCGUUUCUCACGGUAUCCCGUUUGGACACUCCCAUAGAGUCAUUGGAUGACUUGUCGAAACAGUACAAGAUACAAUAUGCACCGUUGAACGGUUCAUCUGCGAUGACAUACUUUGAGAGGAUGGCUAAUAUCGAAGUUAGGUUUUACGAAAUAUGGAAAGAAAUGAGCCUCAACGACAGUUUAAGCGAUGUAGAACGCGCCAAACUGGCAGUUUGGGAUUACCCGGUCAGUGACAAAUAUAGUAAGAUGUGGCAAGCCAUGAAAGAGGCUGGUCUUCCAAACUCCAUAGAUGAGGCCAUAGAAAGGGUUAGAGCAUCUAAAAGUUCCAGUGAAGGCUUCGCAUGGCUGGGCGAUGCUACUGAUGUGAGAUACCAUGUUCUUACGAGUUGCGAUCUGCAGAUGGUUGGUGACGAAUUUUCUAGAAAACCAUACGCCAUUGCAGUACAACAGGGGUCUCCGUUAAAAGACCAGUUUAAUAAUGCCAUUCUACAACUGCUCAAUAAACGUAAACUGGAAAAGCUAAAAGAGAACUGGUGGAGUAAUAAUCCUAAGGCGAUAAAAUGCGAGAAGCAAGACGACCAGUCUGAUGGCAUUUCCAUACAGAAUAUAGGAGGGGUUUUUAUAGUCAUCUUUAUGGGGAUUGGUCUCGCGUGUGUCACUUUGGGAGUGGAAUACUGGUGGUAUAAGUGGAGAAAACGACCUACUAUUGGCAAUAUUACACAGGUUGAACCAAUGAAGGCAACAAGGAACAAUAUCGACAUUUCCAAACAGGAAGGCUUUACGUUUCGCUCCAGGAAUUUAGGUCUUGCUAAUUUAAAACCUAAAUUU